AUGCAUCGUUUUUCACGCUUCUUAUCCCAAUAUCGUCACCCACUCCCCACACCAUGUUACUUGACGCGAUCCCACUCAACAAACUCUAUUGCAAGUACUGUCAGCAAUGACAUGGGUCGUCUACGCGUUGAAGAAGAAAAAUACACGACCGAUCUAAGCUCACCAUUCCCUCCUCGCAUUCAACAAAGCUUAUCCAAUUUGGUUAACGAGACAGUAAACACCUUCAGCAAUGCGCACAUGAUGGUCUCUGAAACACAGGGCAAACUCUUACAUCAACUCACCCAGCUUGUCAAUGCAAGACGCGUCUUGGAAAUCGGCACCUUUACUGGUUAUUCAACGUUGGCUAUGGCGUCAGCGCUGCCAGACAACGACACAACGGCUACUGUAAUAUCACUGGAUCGCAACGAGCAAGCUCAAGCCAUUGCACAGAAGUAUGUUCAGGACGCACAACUUGAAAACAAGGUAGACUUUCGACUUGGCAAGGCAUUGGACCUACUUCAAAACUUGGUACAAGAAGCCCCAUCCAGGCAAUUUGAUCUUAUCUUCUUGGAUGCCAACAAGAGUGGAUACAUCCCCUAUUUUGAUUAUAUCAUGGAUCAUGACAUGCUGGCGGAUCGAGGUAUCAUGAUUGCAGACAAUGUUUUAUUCUUUGGCCAGGUACAUCGUGUGGCAGGGUACGGUGAAGCGUCUAUUGAAGCAUCCAAGAACAUCCUCAACACGGCAAAAAAGGCUCACAGAUUCAACCAACAUGUGUUAUCCGAUCCAAGAGUACAAGUGGUGGUGCUCCCUAUCUUUGAUGGAGUUUCUAUUAUUCGAAAGCGGUGA